UUGACAGACUCAGGAGACAACAGGUGGAUGGUCACGCCCAGCUUGUUGAGCAGGUAGAGCAGGUUACAAACACGGUGCCAACAGACGUCGAACAGGAAAAACGCAGGAGGGGAGUGACGCGCGCGGCCAGGACAGACACUCGGAAUGAGCAACAAGUGAUCCGGCAGCUUGUCUGCUCCAGUAGGUCCAGUAUCUCCACGCAGCCGCCGAGAUGAAGCUCGUGGUAGUGGUAACCGUCCUGAGCGCGGUUUUCAUGGUCGCACUGAUUGUCCAAGCUGUGCGUCAGGAAAUGAACCUACGUGAGGUGAAACACCGCAUGGAACAAAACACGAUGGAGGUCAAGAGGAAAGAGGCAGCCAUCAUCGAGAUGAAAGCCAAUAUCGACACGUUAACGAGAACAUUGGACGACGCCAACAGACGGGUAGGAAGUGUGAAGCAGAAGAAUGAAGAAAUAGCAUCGUCAACAAGGAACUCUGAGGACGUUCUGAGGGCCUGUAACAAGGAUAAGGGAAAAAUUGUGGACAUGAAGACAGAGAAGACUAAGGUCAUUGCCCAACUCAGAGCUGAUCAUGAAGAAGCCAAAAAGAAGGCUGAGGCAGACAUUCAGAGCUUGAAACAGCAGAUUUUGGAUAGAGACAAAGCUGUUUGUGCCUUUGCAGAUACAUCAAAGGAGGAAGCACGGAAGCUAUGUGGAAUUACUGAAACUUCACAAUAAAGCCACUUCUCAUAAAUGAACAUCCCCAUGAGCUGUUUGAAAAAGAGGAUUAUCAUGCCUGAAGAAACAGUCAAAUACACUGACGUGUUUACAACCUGAUUCUUUAUGAUAAGAAGUAUUUUUUUUUAGUAAUGUACAUUAAAUUGCACAGACAUCACAGGGUGAGAAAAUAUGUUACAUACCAUUUUAAAAUUUGUGUUUGUUUGUGGGAUCUGGUUUGGCAUUUUCUCCCUACUGAUACUUGUCACAGCCUUACUUAGUAACAAACUCUCUCAUGUCAAAUGAUUUCCAGAAAUAGCUGUCUGAUUAAACCAGUAAAUCUGCA